AUGUCGAAGUUGAUCGCUCGUCGUAGGAGUGUGACCAAUGCGCCUCCCGCAUUAUCACCAUUUACUGCUCCAUCCGUGAGUGCUCCAUUGAUUGGGGAGACUACACCCCUUACUGAGGCUACUGCUACGGCAUCCCAGGUGCCUGUAUCAUCGACGUCAUCAGUGUCGGUUCAGUCGCUCAGUGCGCGGCGGCCUCAUCGGCACCGCCGCGAUUUGGAGCCUUCUGUUCAUACUUCCUCAUCAUCCAGAGUUGAGGAUGGGGGCUCCCAGCCAGCUAAAAAAAAAACCAGGGGGCCUAAUCGAAUGCUGAAGACGGCACAGAAUGUACGUCUGUCUGCCUCCUUGAUCAAGAUUGCAUAUGACUCGCGACAUCGUGGAGCGGCUACCUCACAGCAACAUAGCAUCGUCGCUACUAGCUGUGGUUGUGUUAUUUGGAAUUGUUGUCCUAUGCAGUGGGAGACUUGGGCACAAAUUCCUCAGGAGACGAAGAUACUGGUGCGAGACAAGUUGUCGGUCAAUUUUGAUUUUAAGGACAUAUCCCCUGAGGUCAUCACCUACUUAGACGAGACCUUCGCAAAUCGGUACAAAAAUUGGAAGAGCGAUCUUCAUGCGCAUUUUAAGAAAUUUAAUGAUCCAGAGGUUGCUCGCCUAGAGGGUUGCCCAUCCGAGUUGGAGCAUCGGCCAGAGGAUUGGGAAUGGCUCUGCAACCAUUUUACGGACUCAAAAUUUGUGAAGAAAUCUGUUGCUGGCAAGAUAGCUCGGGACUCUAAGACACUUCUCCACCAUUCCGGUUCGAAGCCCUUUUCGUAUAACCUUGAGACACGACGUCAGGAGGGUUCUAAGUUCCCAGAGAUCGACGUGUUCAAGGACGUUUACGUUCGACCUGGCAAUGAGAUCGCUGAGCAGCUUCAUGCUACUAUGGUGGAAAAGGGCGAUGCUGUUCUCCAAGAAGCAACAUCGCAACUUCCCUUGGAAACCCCGAUGGAGGACGUCACUUUACCCGAGGAUGUAGGUUUUCAGAUCAUGACUGAGGUCCUGGAUCAAAAGUACGGUCGUCGUCAUGGCAAGGUUGUUCGGGGUAUAGGGAAGGCGCGGGUUCGUGAGACGGGUGCCUCUUCUUCCAAAUCGACCACAGGAGAGGCCAACGCCCUGAAGGAGGAAGUGACAACCCUUAAAGGUCAGCUUGCAGCCCAGGACGAGCAGAUAAAGGCCCAAAGUGAGCAGAUGAGGGCCCAGAGUGAGCAUAUAAAGGCGGAGAACGAGCAGAUGAGAGCUGAGAACGAACAGAUGAGGGCCCAGAUGAGUAUGAUUGUACAGGCCUUAGCGGUGUCCGGUCUCCAAAUCCAGCUGCCAGCACCUGAUCUUACUCCACCUUCGACCUCCCAGCCACCUCACCUACCCGAUACCCAGUAGUUUUCAAACCUAGAAGAC